AUGACAGAAAAAGUAAUUGAAGUCAAACAAGUCAGUAAAAGAUACGGUAAUAAAACAGUUUUGAAUAAUGUUUCCUUUUUUGUCCGCAAAGGAACUAUUCAUGGUUUUAUUGGUCCUAACGGAGCCGGUAAAACAACCACUCUCGGCAUCUUAACCCGUUUAGUUUUGCCAACCCAUGGUGAAACUUAUAUUGAUAACAAAUCAGUUAAUCGCGAUCCUAACUUUAAUAGACGGUUGGGUUUUAUUCCUGCUGAGCCGCGGUUUCCGAGUUUGACGGUGGAAAAUUACCUGCUGGAUUGUGGUUAUUUGCGCGAUAUUCCCAAAGCGGAAGUUUUACGAAAGUUGGCUAGUUCGCCCUUAGCCCAAUUUCGUCGGCAAAAUUGUCAUUCCCUUUCAACCGGUUGGAAAAAAAUCCUGCAAGUUUUCACUUUAAGUCUUUAUCGACCAAAAAUUUACUUGUUGGAUGAGCCAUUUAAUGGUUUAGACCCUAGUUUUCGCCAAGAUUUAUUUAACAAUUUAAAGGCUAUUCGCGAUAAAGGCGGCACUAUUUUAAUGUCAACCCAUAUUCUUUCCGAUUUGCAAAAGUUAGCCGAUGAUAUUACUAUGAUUAAACGAGGGGAAAUUGUUUAUACCGGCACGAAAACGGCGGAUAUCGAGCAAACUUAUGAAGAUUACUUUAUUGAAAAAGGCCAAGGGUUAUUUGAAUUAUAA